GCAACACUGAAAUUUCAAAAUGGCUGCUGGUCAGUAAGUUGAUCUCCGUGGUUGAGGUUACUUCAGUUUUCUCUGACCCGUGGUAUUAACUAAUCUGAAGUGAGCGUUCAAUCAACAGUGACUGCAUAUAGAUACAAGGUUAAAAAUGCCUGGUCCCGCGGACUGCAAGGUUUAUGUUGGAGAUCUUGGCUCCACGGCAUCCCGGCAGGAUCUUGAGGAUGCUUUCUCAUAUUAUGGACGACUGACAAAUGUAUGGGUGGCCCGCAACCCUCCUGGCUUUGCUUUUGUCGAGUUUGAGGACCCAAGAGAUGCAGAUGAUGCUGUCAGGGCCUUAGAUGGAAGAACAAUUUGCGGGAGGAGGGUACGAGUUGAGAUGUCAACGGGACGUAGCCGCAGUCGGUAUGAUGGUCCCCCUCCACGAGGGGGAGUGAAGCCCUUCCACCCUGAGGACAAAUGCUACGAGUGUGGCGAGCGCGGCCACUAUGCCCGUGACUGCCGAUUGUAUUCCAGAGGUCGUCGAGACAGGUCUCGCAGCCGCUCACGAGGACGCCGCUCUUACAGCCGUUCUCAUUCCCGUGACCGGUCACCUCGCCGUCGCAGGUCGUAUUCCCGAUCUCGAUCUCCCCGUCGAUCCAGAGACUACUCACGAUCCCGCUCCAAGGAUCGCAAGUACUCGCGGUCACGAUCCGCUGACAGGCGAUCUCGCAGUGGAUCUGCUCGACGAUCCCGACCGAGGAGCCCUGUUCCGUACGGUGUGUAAAGAACUACUUCGAUUCCGUGGAGUAAAUUGGUACCUGGAGCUUGGGAGGAGUAAGUGAAGCGCAUGAUCGGAGGGAGGAUCGAUAUUAACUUAAGGACAAAUUUAUUUUUAAGACGUUAUUACGCUUUCUAUUUUGAGAAUUAGUAAUUCGCCAGUGUAUGUUCAGUCACUUUAUUACUGAAUGUCUUCUUAGUUCAAUUUAUUUUCUUUAAGCGAGUUGAUGGUUAUAGUUCCUUAAGCAGGAAAGCUAUCAAAUAAGCCUUAAGAAGUAAUGCACCACUGCACUUAUCGGAAACUUGCGGAAUAUAUCUGCUUUGUUUGCGAAGUUUGCUCGCAUCUUGAACUACUGCCAUUCGCGGUAUCAGUACUGACGAAAAUCGUCCUACAUUUGGGUGUUACAUCUAACCUUGUCAGAAUAUGGACUUAUGAUCCUCUAUUAACUCGUCUUUAUAUUUAGCAUUUGAACUUAAUGUACAUUGUAAAAUACAGUUAUUAAAAAGC